CGGGGCUCCCUCAGGCGGCGAAGGCGCCGCCAUGUCCGUGGUGUUCGUGCCCGAGCGGGUGCGGGGCAAGGCAGAGGUGAACCAGGACACCCUGCAGCGGCUGCUGGAGGAGAACGACCAGCUGAUCCGGUGCAUCGUGGAGUACCAGAGCAAAGGCCGAGCCACCGACUGCGUGCAGUACCAGCAUAUCCUGCACAGAAACCUCAUUUAUUUAGCCACUAUUGCAGAUGCCACACCGCCCGGCACGCAGAAGGCUGCAGACUGACUGACACCUGCACACGAGCAGUGCUGCUUUCAGACUGCAGAAAUACUUAGUUUAGAGUCCACUGUGUGGUCCUGAAAGGCAGGUAAAAAGUGACCUCUACUUGUGUGUUUAAAAUGUGACUGUAGUUUUCGAUUUAGUACUGGACUAGCUCUUCCUCUGUUACUGUAAUCAACACAGCUUAAGGGUGAUUGAUAGUUAUCACAGUGCCUGUUUCCCUCUGGAAAACUCAGUGCAAUGUACUCUUAGCACAGCCAGACAGCAGUGCUGGAAGCAGGUUCUGCAAUAGCAGGGUAAGCACUUCACCAGGUGACUGCUACCUCCAGCACGACAGGCAGGCACGUGUUGCCAUAAAUAAGAACCAUUUGUGUCCUGUAUCAGAACUGUGCUGAAUAAAGAUGUUCUUUGUAAACUGUA